UUAAAGUGGAUGGGAAUUUAUUCCAGAUAUACCUAUCUGCAGGCUAAUUUUUUAGGGAUGAAAAGAAAGUUACAGUGUCUGUGAAAGGAAGAAUAGCACCAGAGAAAUUUAUGGUAAACCAAAGAUCACUAUCUUCUGUAGCGUCAGAGGGGCGAGAUUUUAAGCACUCUCUUCCCAAGUGUGAACUCUUUGCGACCUGUCAGGUCAGCUGUCAAGCAGUUGACUCCAACUGAUUUGCAGACUCCAUUGAUACCAGGCAAGAGCAGUAAUGGAAGCAAUGCUGGUGGUUCUUCGGUUCAAUUAAAAAGAAACCUUGGAUCACACCACAACAAAGUUUGCAAGAGUUGGCCCUUCCAAAUGAGUAUUGCCAAAGGAAUAACUUUGAUUACUGUGUUAGGAUGCACCGUACUCUUUUCAAUAAAGCUCUCAGGUUUGAGGUUCAAUUGGAUUGCUACGGGGGCAUCUAGGAAGCCAAGUGCGAACACAAGUGAAACAGAACCUUUUCUGACUUACGAUGCAGGCACUGCUUGUUUAAAAGCAAGUUCCCUCACUGGUAGAAUAGCAAAGCUAUUGGAGCUGCUCAAGAUGCAACCUGGCUAUCACGCAGAUGAUGGAUAUCUGAAAACUUCUUUUCCUUCUGCGAGUCUGUCAACCUCUAUGGAAAUGGAAUACAAAAGGCCUAUGCCUAUUGAAGAAGCUGAAGACAUUGUGAAAAGAUGGCAAACUAUUAAGGCUGAAGCUUUGGGGCCUAGCCAUCAGGUUUAUAGCCUCUCUGAAGCCCUUGAUGGACCAAUGCUUGUUCAGUGGCAAACUCUGGCUGAUGCAGCAAUCACUAGGUCUUGCUAUUGGAGAUUUGUUUUGCUGCAGCUGACCAUCCUGCAAGCUGACAUUUUCUCUAAUGGGACGGAUGGGGAAAUGGCGGAAAUUAAGGCUCUCUUAGAGGAAGCAGCAGAGUUAGUUGAUGUAUCACAGCCAAAGAAUUCAAAUUAUUACAGGUAAGAAGAGUGAUAAUAAUAUAUAU